GUCUGUAGGUUUUGGCUGGCGGCCCGCGGGCGGGCCGCCCUGCCCACGUAGGGCUCAUCCUGCCUUUAAGUCGGCGGCGGCGGCGGCGGGAAGAUGAGGUUUCGGGAGCCUUUCCUGGGCGGCAGCGCCGCGAUGCCGGGCGCGUCCCUGCAACGGGCCUGCCGCCUGCUCGUGGCCGUCUGCGCGCUGCACCUCGGCGUCACCCUCGUUUACUACCUGUCCGGCCGUGACCUGAGUCUCCUGCCACGGCUGAUCGGAGUCCCCUCACCGCUGCAGGGAGGUUCGAACAGCGCCGCCACCCUCGGGAAGCCCUCCGGCGAACUCCGAGCCGGAGGGGCCUCGCCGCCGCUGCCUUUAGACGCCUCCUCCGAGCCGCACCCCAGUCGCGGCCCCGGCCCCGCGAGCAACUUAACUACGGCCCUAGUCGCCCCCACCACGGCAGUGUUGCUGUCCGCCUGCCCUGAGGAGUCGCCUCUGCUCGUUGGCCCCAUGAUGAUCGAGUUUAACAUGGCUGUGGACCUGGAGCGUGUGGCAAAGCAGAACCCAGAGGUGAAGGUGGGCGGCCGCUAUGCCCCCAAGAACUGUGUCUCCCCUCACAAGGUGGCCAUCAUUAUUCCAUUCCGCAACCGGCAGGAGCACCUCAAGUACUGGCUGUAUUACUUGCACCCAAUCCUGCAGCGCCAACAGUUGGACUAUGGCGUCUAUGUUAUCAACCAGGAUGGAGACUCCAUGUUCAAUCGUGCUAAGCUCCUCAACGUUGGUUUUCAAGAGGCCUUGAAAGAUUAUGAUUACAACUGCUUUGUGUUUAGCGACGUGGACCUCAUUCCAAUGGAUGACCAUAAUACCUACAGGUGUUUUUCACAGCCACGGCACAUUUCUGUAGCCAUGGAUAAGUUUGGAUUUAGCCUACCUUAUGUUCAGUAUUUUGGAGGUGUCUCUGCUCUAAGUAAACAACAGUUUCUCACCAUCAAUGGAUUUCCUAAUAAUUAUUGGGGCUGGGGAGGCGAAGAUGACGACAUUUUUAACAGAUUAGUUUUUAAAGGCAUGUCUGUAUCUCGCCCAAAUGCUGUGGUUGGAAAGUGUCGGAUGAUCCGCCACUCAAGAGACAGAAAAAAUGAACCCAAUCCUCAGAGGUUUGACCGAAUCGCACACACGAAGGAGACAAUGCGCUUGGAUGGUUUGAACACACUCACCUACAAGGUGUUGGACACUCAGAGAUACCCGUUGUAUACCAAAAUCACAGUGGACAUUGGGAAGCCAAGCUAGCAUUUUGAUACACUAAUAAGAGACUUGAAAACGGCCAGGGACUUCUGCUGUGUCCCUGCCAGUCCCCUGGGCUGGUCCUGCUCUCAUUUUUACCAAUCAGAGUGAUAGGCUUCCCUCACUCAUCAUUCCGAUGUCUUUCCAGAUGACCAGGACGAGUGAGAUAUUUUGCCCCCAACUUGCCUCGGCAUGUGACUUCUUAUCUCUACAUGGUGUUUGUAGAAACUGUCAGAUUUGGGGGCUUCUCAUCAUGCUCACAAUGUCGCCCCUAAGAGUCAGAACUGUACACCGCCAAAAAUUUGGCGACUGGGACUCAUUCCCAACCAUAAAACUGCUAAAUUAUUAUGAAAAAGGUAAGAAUUUUGCUUUAAAUUGUGGGUUGUGGUGUUCUUAUUACUUCAUGAAAGAUUGGAGCAUGUUGCUGAAAUUGAACUGGCAGAUAUUUUUUUAGUUGUCAUAUUUUAGCAACAACAACAAAAACACACACACAAUUUCAAUGAUUCUCUUUUUAGCCUCCUCUUUCCACACACCUUCUUUCAGCGGUAUGCAACUGUUACAAUCACUGUGUGUGUCUUUUCUUAGCAAAAGAAUUUUAAAACUUGAGCCUUAGACCUUUUGUCCUGCUAAAGUGUGAAUUCCAAGGCAACUUUAGCCAUCAGAGCAAAAGGCUUGGGUGUUUUCGCCUUCAGUGGCCUAUUUCCGGAUUGUCUAAUUUCUGAAUGUAAAGGUUUUUUUUGUUUUCAUCAGCAGUUUGUAGCAUUUUAAAGAAAGAACAAAUCAGGUUCUAAUUAUGACCUAGCUUGAUUUUGUGUUGAUCCAAAGUUGCAUAGCUGAUUAAUGUUAGGUUAUGACAAUUUAUUUUUCUGAGCAUGCUAUGUAAACUUGAAUAUCCUUUGUAUUUUUAUUGUGGUGUUUAAAUGUGGGGAGGGGAUUGAGCAUUUUUUGGGGAAAAAAGUAAUGUAUGCUGUGGUGGCCAUGAAUGGGCCUUCGAUUUAGCUGGCGGGCCAGGUUAUAUGAAGAGCAACCUUUGGUCCCUUAAUGAGGGCAAGGCCUCCCUAUCAGCUCUAUCCUGUCAAACCUCUAGGGCAGGGAGUCUGUGACCUGGGGCAGUAGGCCUGCUGGGCAGAGCUUCUGCCCUCCUCUGGUGGGCAGGGUGGAGAGAACUUCAACCUCCUUAUACUGACCCCGGGCCUCCCCUCAGGGCCCAUGGCUGUGGAGUUGUAAAUAACAGCAAUCAGGUUUACCAACCCUUAGUGCCUCCCUGGAGGGCAGGCUGAGGGGACCUUCAAAUCCUGG